AUGUCUAUUAAGAAGGUUGAGGAGCGGGUAGAGCAGGCCAUGCUUGGAUGGCAACCACCCUCCCCUAACCUCUGCUUAGUUAGAGAUGACCUGACCUGCAGGAGAGCUGGCUGGUCGUUCCUACGCGAGGAGAAGAACGACGUGAGGUUUGCUUAUAAGGCCCUCUCGCGCCGUGCCUGGUCUGCCCUAGCCCUCGGCCUAGUAAAGGGCGGUCGCUGGAUAAGUGCUGGGUGUCUUAAGUAUGCCGAGCUUGGGGCCCAGCUCUCGAACGAGAUCUUCACGUCAGUUCAUGUCAUAGCAGGCCUCCUAGCGCGAGGCUUAGAGAUCACUGCUGUCCGAGUCUGCAAUACGGAGCAGGCUAUACGGAACGUCUUCAUCAUCAAUGGCCGUGUUGCAAUUGUGUUUGAAUAUAACAAGUUAAGGGCUACAAACAACCAUUCGUUUUACAUUAUCAACUUCUACGAGCCUAAGUCUGCCUCUGAGCCAGCAAGCAUCCUUGCUAUGGGUGCUGGGCACAGCACUCGGAUGCUGCUAACUAGCUACGCAAUCGAUCGCUCCUAUCCAACCCGGCUCCAGCCCGAGCUGCUCGAGCUCUACCUACGCCUCUCUACUCUCUGGCAGCAGUGGAACGAACAGCACUACCGCGACCAGUGCCGCUCCGACAGCCUGCUGCGUCUACUCCAGCUGCGUGCCCCUGUGCCUAGCCCUAGGCUAGAGGGCUGCUCUACAAAGAGAGGCCUAGGCAUAGAAGAGCAGAGCCACCAGACGCUAGAUCUGCCAGCGAAGCGACACUGUCCUAGUCCUCCCUCUCCAACUGAGAAGCGCCGCCUGGCCGACCUCGAGCUCAGCCGAUACCAGGAGGACCUCCUUGCGGUCCAGGGCACAUGCCUACUCUGCAGGGCGCUCGGCAACGCAUGGGACCACGCCUUCCCUACAUGCUGGCGCCGGUCCGAGUUCUUCGAGGCUCGCAGUCGUGCGAGGGACGCUGUUGGGCGCAGGGGGCUCAGUGCGGAGGAGUGGCUGCUAGAGCAGUUCCAGCAGAGGUUUGGGGAUGUCGAUGAGUUCCUGGGAUGGUGCGGCAGAGCAACAAGCUUUGGAGGCGGCAAGGCAAUCUGGGGGGUCAAGGUUGCAGCGGCUGCGCUCAUCCAAUUCGAGCUAUACUAA